AUGCAGAACAAGGGAGUUAGCUGGGAAUACGCUAACGAAAUAACCGAUGUUGGUACUCUACCACAGAUCAACUCCUCCAACCUUUUUAUCGUCGCCGACUCCUUGAUUCUCUUCGAAGACGAGGUUUUCACCGUCUGGGACAUCCACGACUCAUUCUAUCUGGCCAAUGAUGAAAUAAGCGGUGUUCCGCUUAUCCAACAUCUUCCUAUAUUGAACCGUUUCCACAGUGAUCUUGGGCAGAACGGACUAACCCUUCUGUCUCCUCCUAGCCAAUGGGUUUCUCCAGGAUGCAGACUCCCUUUCUUUGGGUUAUGCACCCAUUUCCAAGGGGAAGCUCCUACCAUGCAAUCCUAUACCUUCGAGUCCAUUGAUUCACCCCACAAUUCACAACCCCAGCGGUUUGAUCUACUGCUAACAGAUACUGUAGAUUCUCUACCACUUUCAAUUAUCGAGACGGAGGAAUAUCUUCGACAUCUACGAUCUUGCGACCAGUAUCUUAUCAUAGCAUGGCUCGACGAUAGCUACGUCACUCUCAACCUUAUGCAUACGCCAGUCCGAGUUGGCCCGCGCAAGCAUGUUCCUCCCAAAACUCGAUACCUGGAAUUCCAGAGUGACCACUCCGAGGUUAUUGCGGUCAAUGAUUUUGAUUUCUGCCCAGCAUUUGGUCGACUUGUUUUAACGACAGAAUCUGGAGAUAUUCGAAUCAUGGAUUAUCUGAGUCCUCCGGUGUCUAAAUCUCCGUGUCAGCAUCCACUCUUUUCUGUAUUUGGACCAUUUCUGACGUUAAUUCUUCAAUAG